AAAAGACAUGAAUUCGCAAGCCUGCGGCUCAUUCAUCGUGUUGAAUUUUAAGCGACAUUUGCGUUUUUUCUCAAUUUUUAAAGUUCGAAUUUUAUUUUUUAUUUCUGUAAAGUGAGUUGAUUUUUUUUUUUAAAUUUCACUUACAAAAAGGAAUUUGACUUAAAAGAAAAAAAUUUAAAAAAUUAUUUUUUGGUGAACUUUUUUUUAUGGUUGCGUGUGCUAAAAGUGUACGUGCAUAACAAGAAGUGACAAUUUCUUCUAAAAAAGGCAAAGUGAAAAUUGCAAAAAAUUCGUACAAAUAAAAUUAACAUCAAAUUAAGUUGAGAAAAGUUAUUGGUGUUUUUUUUUUGUUUGGGGAGGUGACAGCAAUAAUUUUUCAGAGCAAAAUGAAAGUGCAUUUACUGGCCUUUGUAUUAGGCCUCGCAGCAAUCACCAGCGCAGAUGUUCGUGAUAUUUUAAAUAAUCCUCACCAGUCAGUCUACUCGAAUGCAAAUUUUGCUGGCCAACCAUUCACAAAACAGCAAUAUCAGCAACAACAGAACAUACAAAAUCCCAGUAAGCAGUUUUGGUGGGCAGAUACACCAUUUUCGCCCUUUUCAAAAUCUGAAAAUGUCAAUACACAAAACGGUGGCUGCGGAAGCGGCUGCUUAUCACAAAACACUUUACACAAUACACAACAACAAAAACAACAAAAUUAUUAUCAACAUGAAAUUUCAACACAAACUCACACAAAACGAAACGAUCGAUACAUUCAAAAUCCAUUUAUGCAAAAUGUUAUUGCAAGUCAACAACAGCCACAUUACCAACAACAAAAACAACAUCAACAGCCUCAAUAUCAACCGCAACAAUAUUCCAAUAUUUAUGCCCAAAUGGCUUCCCUUUCAGGCACACCAAACGAAGUAAAUAGCUUGAUGACAGACGCAACAGUUAGCCAAUCCUUCUCACAGUAUCGUCCCGUGCCGAAAAUUCCGUGCUAUGGUGCAAGUCAAGUAUGUGCACCGAAAAACGCAUGCCACAAUGGUUUCAUCAGCGAAAGUGACCUCGGAUUAGUGCAGAGUCAAGCGAAUAAUUGUGAUAGCGAGUCAGAAGCAUGUUGUAAUAUUCAACCAGUCGAGCGUCACUUCGAUCAACCAACUCCAUGUUCUGAACCAAACUCAGCUUGUGUGUCACCAAAGCACUGCUUCAAUGGCUACAUCGAUCAAUCAGCUGAAGAAAAAGCCAUUCAGAGCCCGAACGGUUUCUGCCAGGCAUUAGAAGUUUGUUGUCAAUUCUCACAAAGCAAAUCAUCAAAUCUUAUCUUAGACAGUGAUUUUGCCGCUGCUGCUCAAUCAACAUCAGAAGUUCUCACAAAGGAAGGAUAUGUCGUUAAUGUUCCAAGCAAUCAAUACUUGCCAUCAAGACCUGAACCAGAAUUUAAUCCAGAUGCAACAAAUCAAGAUCCAUCAAAGAUUAAGCCUUCAACUGCUGCUCCAAGAUGUACAAAUGGCGCUCCAAAUUAUCCAGAUUGUUGCUUAAACGGAGGUUCAGGUCCAUACUGCUGCACAAAUGGAGUUACUAACAAUCAAUACUGUUGUACUAAUGGAGCUCAAAACCCAUCAUGUACAUUCAGUGAUGAAAUCGUGCCCCAACCAAGACCCACGCCUGCUCCACAACCAAUUCCAAGUCAAAGACCAUACCAACCACAACCCACUCCCGCUCCACAACCAAGACCCACGCCUGCUCCACAGCCAAUUCCAAGUCAAAGACCAUACCAACCACAACCUACUCCCGCUCCUCAACCUAGACCCACAGCUGCUCCACAGCCAAUUCCAAGUCAAAGACCAUACCAACCACAACCUACCCCUGCUCCACAGCCCAGACCUACCCCUGCUCCACAGCCUAGACCUACCCCUGCUCCACAGCCUAGACCUACACAACGUCCAUACCAACCAAAUCCAAAUGUUAACGUUCAAGAUGAGGCUAUCUUUGUUCCAGUUGCUUGUGCCGCUGCUAUGAAUUGUACUAUUGCUGAAUUCUGUGAUGCUAAUGGAAGAAUCUCAAAGACACAACAUGAUACAAGCAAUAUAAUGAGAGUUCCAAUGACAGAUUGUCUUAUUGGAGGACCUGGUGGACAACCAGGAAAAUGUUGCAUUGACCCAGACUAUACUGAUCCAUGGCCAACUGGCAGAACUGGUCAAUAUGUUGCUGAUGAAUUAAAUGCUGUUUUCGAUGAUGGCUCAUAUAGACCAGAUCGUCAAAGUCAAAGAAAACGUCAAGUGCAAAAUCGUGGACAAGUUGCUGCCAAUUCUGAUCAAGUUGUAACACGCGUUGCUCCACCAAAAAGAAAUAUCGCAAGAAGACAAAACUCAGCUCCACAAAUUAAUCAGGUUGCAAGCGAAAACAGAAAUUUUCCACAAAUUGUCUCAGCACCAAAAUCACAAGUUUCAGAUGAAGCUAAAUGUGGACUUAGAAAUUUGGGAACAAGACCAAGAGGAAAAGCUCCUUUAGGUACCGGUUUUGGCGAAUUCACAUGGGUAGCUAUGGUCAUUUUGGAAUCAAAGAAAGCUCUUCUCUGUGGUGGUGCCAUUAUUCACAAAAAUAUUGUUGUCACAUCUGCAAACUGUGUCAAUGGCCACCGUCAUAAUGACGUCUUAAUCAAGGCUGGUGAAUGGAGAUUAGGAAGCGACGAAGAACCAAAACCUUUCCAGAUUGUUCGCGUUCAAAGAAUCAUCUUCCAUCCAGAAUUUAAGCCAAAUACAUUGCAAAAUGAUAUUGCAUUGCUUUAUUUGGAAAAUGACAUUAAAUGGGAUGAUACUCAUAUCCAACCAAUCUGCUUAGAUGAAAGUGAUGCUGAGGUUAAAUCAACUGACGAGUGUGUGACAACUGGAUGGGGCAAAGAAGUCUUGAAAGUUCAUCUCGGAAAUGCUCUCAUGCAACACGUCAAGGUCUCAGUCCUCCCACAAGCUGACUGUCAAUCUCAACUCCAAUCAACAAAAUUAGGAUAUUCAAAUUCAGUCCUCUGCGGAGUAACGCAAUACGAUGCUUGUCAAGUCGACAAUGGCAGUGCCCUCGCCUGUACAGACGGUUCAGGACAUUAUGUAUUGAAGGGUAUCUACUCAACAGAAACUGCCUGUGAGAAUCCAAAUCAAAUUGUCGCAUUCACAAGAACAGAUCUUCAAUGGAUCACAUCAGUGAUUAGAAAUCCUACACAAGCUCGAUUAUGAAGAACGAAUUUAAUUCCUUAAAACUUUCUUCUUUUAUUGAUUUAAUAUGUUUUUCAACUAGACUUUACGUACCGACAUAGGAUAUUUCGAAAUAAAUGAUUUAAGAAAUUUGUACUCAUCUACAUACAUAAACAUUCACACAUACACAUGCAUGUAUUAUUUUCAUAAAUUUAUCAUAUACUCGCACAUACACACACAUGAUUAAUAUAAAAUGUAUGUCUCCUCAAAUUUUACAACUUACUCCUUUUUGGGGAUCAUUUAAAAGAGAUAUGUUUAAUACGACAGAAUGAAUGUGAGGAUAGAGAAAUUUUUGGGAAGAAGCUACCCAAAGCCUGCAUCAUCCUCAAAUCCUUACUUACAUUUAGAUAUCUCAAAACCCCAAAUCUAUUUUUGUAUUAAAAAUUGUAAUUUUUAUGCACAAAAUGAAUUGAAUCGUUGAUAUUAUGCUUAAUUGUACUUAUUAUUAUCCAUUACGUACUUUUUAUCAUUGUUUUAAGAACCAUUAAUUUUACUUAAAUUUAGAAACUUAAAAAAACCCUUUGUGCUCUUUAAAUCCUAGACUAGAUGAUAAUUCACUAAUUAGUGACGACUCUUUUUCUUAGCAGUGCCUGAAUUUAAUGUAUGGGAGACAAAAAUGACGGAAAUUUUGGAAUAAGAUAUGAUUCAAGUUUAGUUCAAAUUUAUAUGAAGUCGAGACUAGAUUUCUGGUAUUCUGUUUAAAACCGGCAUUUGCUAGACCAACGAUAAUGCUAUUCACUAUCAAGAUGGUCGUAAUUACUUGUAAUUUUCUACAUACCUUAAAUUCUCAUUCAUCCUUUUGUAAGAUUUGAUAAAAUAAGCUUUACGAUGAAUUUUUGUGCUAAAUGAUCACAAUAAUAUCAAAACACUGUUUUAAAUUAUUACUACUGAUUAAUCCUUGUCCUCUCUCGGACCAUAGAUCAUAACUUGAAAAAAAUCUCAAUACAGUUUUGGAAUCAAAUUUUAAUUGUUUUGAUAGAGUUUGGUCAUUGUUUUGUUUUAAUACAAAAUCAUAAUGCUUAAUUGUCUUUUAAACGAGAAACUGAUGUAUUUAUUAAGCUUGAUUAAAAUCACAUUGUAGAAAUUUAAAGAGAAAAAGAAAAGAAAUAAAAAAUCUUUACACUGAA